GAGUGACUGCGGUGGCUGAUCAAUGAGCUCCCACCGACUGAGCAAUGGCCGGACCCAGAGCGGCAAGGUUGCCACACAAUUCUGUAUAUUUUCCUGGAUGACAGAUAUCUUACACUUUAAUAUCAGAUCUGGAUUUAGCAGGCGUACAAUAAAAGAUCAACCUCCGAGAACUGAAAUCGAGUUGAAAGUUUGAACUGGAAAGAUGAAGUUAAUCCUCUCAAGCGUCGUGAAUGGAUGUCGCCUCGGCAAAUUGACUGAAGUAGGACGGAAUGGCACUAAAACCAUAGACUUUCCUGGUUGCCUGCUUUAUACCCGGACAGGUUCAGCCCCACAUCUGACCCAUGAUACGCUCCAUUUGAUCGAAAAAGUACCUGAACCUGUGCAGCUAACACUGCCAACGCUAGCUGAACAUCAUGAAGUUUUGGAAGCAUAUAAGGAAGGAAUUGGAAAAUUCAUAGGCAUGCCAGACUCCUUACUGUACUGUUCCUUACAUGAUGCAGCCAGCCCCUGUCCAUCAGGGUACAAUACAAACAAGACUGUAUCAGUCUGGGGUGGAGGUGGACGUAUUGAACUAACAGUAUCUAAGUUCAUGGAGAUACAACAAGCCUUCAAACCUGACUGGUACCAGUGCAUGGCAGAUGGGGAACUUCUGCCUCCAGGAACUUCAAGAAAGAGGGCAAAGAAAUCUGUGGAUCGUACGCUGGCCUUUCUGGAUGGUUGCCUUGAGAUGCAUAAGAAAUCUGAGGUGUUGAAGAAUACUGAGAUCAUAGGUGUGGUUGAAGGAGGGGACGUUCUUGAGGAGAGACUGAGAUCUGUCAGAGAAACCAUUAAGCGACCAGUUGGAGGUUUUCUUCUAGAUGGUUUCCAUGGAGAUGAUGUACCAAAUGAUUUCAAACUGAGCUUGCUUUCCUCAGUCACAGCAGAACUGCCUGAAGAGAAACCUAGGAUGAUCCAUGGGAUUGGGAAACCAGAUGAAGUGUUGGAGUGUGUAACGAGAGGCGUGGACUUGUUUGAGGGAUUUUUCCCCUACAAGAUGACUGAACAGGGGAGAGCUCUGUCAUUCAAUUUCAAAUACAAAAUGGACCCAGAGACGGAAGUUCUAGAAAAGACCAGCAAUGGGGAUAAUGAGGUUGGCAGCAAAGGAGUGCCAAGUGAGGUAAACGAGACUCCCUUUACAAUUGACCUGAAAAGAGAAAAAUUUCGCGCUGACUUCAGCCCCCUGGUGGAGGAUUGUCAAUGUUACUGCUGCAAGAAUCACACUCGUGCCUACAUCUACCACCUUUUAGUGACAAACGAAUUGUUGGCCGGCGUCCUGCUCAUGAUUCACAACCUCCAGCAUUACUUUGGAUUUUUCCAGUCAAUCCGCGAUGCCCUGAGAGACAACAAAAUGCAGCAGCUGAAAGAACUCAUUACAAAACAAAAAUCGUAGCAAAGAAUAUGUCAGUAAAUUGAAUCGGAGAUAAGUGCUGCAUUACUGCAUACAUUACCCAGGCAGAUGUGCGUUGCUUGCAGAUACUAUAAUGAAUUACUUGAGUCUUUGGAUUUCUUACACCAUGGAUUAGUAAUGGUGACUUUUGAUAUCCCGAUAAUUACUGCAGAGUUUGAUCUCUUGAACUGCAUCAUGUUAUGUAACAUUUACAUUACAAUAAUGUUUGACAGUUAUACUGCAGCAAGAAUAUAUUGUAAUGUAUGCCAUAUUUUAACUAACUUAUUAUGCAUUUUAAUGCAGCUGUGCAAAAUUCUUACUUUAGAAGCCGUGAUAUAACUUAUGAAACAAAAAGGUGCCUUUAAAUACCAAAAUGAUGGUAACAUUUCAUGUGAAUGGCAUGACAGCUGCUCACAGAAUCAUAGUGCUGGGUACACGGCUGCUUGAGGUUUGACACAAGCAAUUCGUUUUUAACAUUCCUAUUAAUUUUACGUAAUUGUGGCAGAGGUUCUCAGAAACUCAAGUAAGUGACAAUUUAAUAAAUUUUAGCUAAACCCUGCUCAGAGUUUAACGAUUUGUGUUUUGGUUGUUGUACACAAUACAUUUUUGACUGACAAUCGAGGGGCAAGUUAGAGACUGUUUUGCUCACUAGCCUUUUCCCGGACUUUGCCGACAUGGGAUUGAAGGCUGUAAAUUUCACAAACUGAAAGUUGCAAUUAAGAUAAUAAAUGUGUUUUAUGAAUGUUACAAGACAUUUUUCUGUUGACAAUGGGAAGAAAGUGUUUUCAUGAAGAGCUAGGUGGCAGUAUUGUGCAACACAUUUAUUUUCUUUGUAAUAAAAAGUGACAUGGUUUUUGCACUUAAA